CUCCCGUCUCCUGAGCUGAGAAUUGAGAUCAUGGCAGCGGCAUCCGCUGAGGUGGAGUACGAGUCAGUGCUGUGUGUGAAACCUGAUAUCAGCGUUUAUCGGAUUCCCCCGCGGGCCUCGAACCGGGGAUACAGGGCCUCUGACUGGAAACUGGACCAGCCGGACUGGACAGGACGCCUCCGCAUUACUUCCAAAGGCAAAAUUGCAUAUAUAAAACUGGAGGACAAAGUUUCAGGGGAGCUCUUUGCACAGGCCCCAAUAGAUCAAUAUCCUGGCAUUGCUGUGGAGACGGUAACUGAUUCCAGUCGGUAUUUCGUCAUCCGCAUUCAGGAUGGAAAUGGGCGAAGUGCAUUCAUCGGCAUUGGUUUUGGAGAUCGGGGUGAUGCUUUUGACUUCAACGUUUCUCUGCAGGAUCACUUCAAGUGGGUGAAACAAGAGACGGAAAUCUCCAAAGAAUCCCAGGAAACUGACAGCCGUCCCAAGCUUGACCUAGGGUUUAAGGAAGGACAGACCAUUAAAUUGAACAUUGGGAAUAUGCCAUCAAAGAAAAGUGGAACAACCAAGCCACGUUCAGCUGGAUCAGGGGGGCUAAGCUUGCUCCCACCGCCACCCGGAGGCAAAAUUGCUUCUCCUGCUGUUCCACCUCCUUCGUCAACUGCCAUUUCUAAUCAUGUUACACCACCACCGGUGCUGAAAUCCAGCAGUUUGGGCGACACGGCACCAGAUAUCCUGCUAGACUUUGACCCGCCAUCUCCAGUUUCAAAGGUGCCUGCACCUGCUGUGGUUCCCGCCACUACAGACCUUUGGGGAGACUUCAACACUGCAUCCAGCACCAUUCCCAGCCAAUCCCCCCAGCCACCCAAUUGGGUCCAGUUCUGAAGGAAUUUGAGUGGUGAAGUGGGAAUGGACCAAUGGCCAAGGCUCAAGGGACCCAGAAGGGAUGGGAGUGAGCUGAUGUCCUUGGGUCUUCAGUCAAAACACACUAUUUUCUGGACAAUCCUCCUGUUUUGUUAAGUGUCCAUUUGCAUUGACGCUCAUUUUUUAUUUUUUAUUUUUAAAUCAUGCAACAAAACUGCAAAAACCCUGUGGGGAAAUGCUGUGGAAUUCUGCCCUGUGGUAACUUGGGAAGGCUGCCGGGGGGCAGAGGGUUCUGCUUCAUGGCUGACUCUGGAGGAAAAUUUAAGCCUGAUGCUGUGUGAGGUGGGAGAAGGCUGAGUAGACGUGGCUUUUGAUUGGGUUUUCCAGCUUGGGCUUAAUCCUCUUUCUCUUCUCCAGAUGUUCCACAGCAGUAAUGCCCUUAACUAGGACAGGUUGGCUAGCAGUAUUGAGGAAAACAGUAUGUCUUUGGGCAGUGCAUUUGACACUAGGAGGACAUCAAAAGCCAUUGCUAAAGAAGCCAUCCUUGAGCUCUGCCUGGGACAUGUUGCUUUAUUGCUCUUCCAUCAUAAAUAUACUAACUUGACUCUUCCUUGAAUGUCCGUUUUCCCUUCAGAUAGAUGGUAGGGAAGGGCUGAUGGAGGCCUGCGUAUUAAACCAAUUGAUAGCACAGUUCCUAACUUAGAUUGCCCUUGUUUUAGGUCUCUACUCUGAGUAUUCACAAAUCCCUUGGCUCUCCAGUCACUCUCGCCUCUACCUUGUUGGUCUCUGAAGAUCCUUCAGAGCCAUUUUAAACUGGAAACUUGUAAAAAGAGCACUGCCGUGCAAGAAACGGUCCUGCUCUUAUCUUUGUGGACAACCGCUGCAAGGCCACCAGACAGUGGCGCUGCCUUCUCCCCCCUGACCUGGCUGGGUCAUCUAGCCAAGGCAGCUCUGCUCCGCUUCCUAAUGCCAGUGUGGCAUGAUGGCUGCAACUGGGAUAUUGGAUGAUGUGGGAGAAGCCCAGGCACUCCACAGAUCGUGGAGGGAGAGUUCUGUUGCCAAUAGAAAGCUGCUGCCAACUCAUUGGCCAAAGCAGCAGAACGCUACUGUGCAGACUUCCACAAAGGAACGUUGGCGUUUGCAAGAAUUAACUUCCUAAUUCCGGCCAGUGCAAUUUACCUUUUUUAGGCCCUAAUCAUGUCUCCCUGCUAAUAUUAGUGUAUCUAAUACUGGUUUGGACAGUCUCUUCCUCACCCCACCUUCUGUGCAAAGGUGGUCCUCACCUUGUGACUUCUGUUCUUUCCCCCCACUAGCUACUCAGGUAGCUGUGCAGGUUCACUUUUGCUCCCUCCCCCGCACUUGCACUCUGUGGACUUGCAGUGGCACUAACAGGACCUGCUAUGCUUGAGCCCCUAGCAGUAAGAUCUGCCUGGUUGUUGAACACUAGAUUUGCAAGUUGCAUAGUGGUCAUUUCUUGUGGUCCUAGUAGGUACCAUUCUGCAAGCUCGAAGCUAGUGUACAUACAGACAACUUGUAUCCUCUGUGACCCUAUGGUUUGGUGCUUUUAGACAAGCAUAGUUGAAUUGGGACACUUCUGAACACAGUUCUGGUGUUUCUCCUUAUAUCAUGGCCAGUUCUUUCACCCUUUCUGCAGAUUAUUUGAUGCCAGACCAGUCGAGAGAAAACCCGGUCUAUUUGUUGGGAAGGGAAGUCUCUUUAAAGAGUUUUGUUAAGUCAUAUGUACAUCUCUGAUCUCUAGAUAUCCCACUUUGGGAAAAUGGGGACUGGGUUCUGAUUUCUAAGAAUGUAGAUGCUUUAAAUACCAAGAUAUUUACCUCCUCCCCCCCACCCCCACCUUACUCCUAAGACUAUCUGCCCCUCCAACUACCUGUAUCUUUCCAUGAUCUUUGUUUCACUACUGAUUGUAAACUGUGGUGCAUCUUCUUUUUGAGUUCUUUUCCUUGAAGUCUCGUAAGCCAGGCCAACAGUUCUGACUGAAUAUUCCAUAUCGGUGGCAGGUCCUCUCAUUUCAGUAACCAUGUUUAGAUCUCAAGGAAUUUGAUAAUGUCCCAAAGAGACUGAUCAGGAGCCUCUCCCUCUGUGUCCUUAUUUUGUUCUGUUCUUGUUUUUAAGCUAGUAUUAUGAAGAUAAUAUAUUAUGUAUGGGCAAAAACUGAAAUAAAAUUUCAUCUAUAUGUAUAUAAAGCAUAAGAUGUACUGGUUCAAUAAUAGCAAUUAAAAUUGAUGAUAAAAUCGGGGAAAACGUGUAUCUGUGCAGUAGCUUUUUUAAAAAAAAAUGAAAUAGUAAUAUAUACUUAGCAAUCCCAGGUCAUGCAUGAGCUGGUCCCCCCACCAACACCCCACCCCCCACACCAGGCUUCUUGGGAUUGAAGACUGGAUCCCUGUAGGAUUAAGUCUGCCUUCUUCAAGCAGUUUAAGACAGAUAAGGUAGGUAUGGGGAAAAGAGCAAGUUCUGGGGGAAAGGCUUGUGGAGGCAGGAAGAAGAGCAAGAAUAGACACUGGUAGAACAAGCGUCAGAGUCAUGCUCUGCACAGACAAAAUCUAACAGGAAGGAUAGGAAGCUGCCAUAUACUGAGUCAGGCCAUUGGUCCAUCUAGCUCAGUAUUGUCUACACAGACUGGCAGCAGUUUCUCUAAAGUUGUAGUCUCUAAGCCCUAUCUUAGAGAUGCCAGAGAGGGAACUUGGAACCUUCCACUUGCAAGCAUGUAGGUGCUCUUCCCUAAGGGGAUUUUCUUAAGAGUGCUCACGUGUAGUCUCCCAUUCAAAUGCUACCAGGGCAGAUCCUGUUUAUGCAAAGGGGAUAAUUCAUGCUUGCUACCACAAGACCAGCAGUCCUGGUCUUGUGCUGAGGGGCAGGAAAGGGCUAUGGCCAAUCACAGUAGGAGAGGGGUGGGGCAAGCAAAAGAGCCAGUAACAUUCCUUGGAAGAUGCAUAGUUUCCCACAGAUGUGUGAUGAAGACUCCAGGAGUAAGACACCAGUCCAGCUCCCAGAUGAUCUGUGGCUCAGAUCUACUUGUGAUCCCACUUCUUCAACAGCAUGUAUGAGGCUUGGUUUCCACAACAAAAUUGCACAAGGAUUUGACCUAUCCUGUAGAAUUCACCCUGUUAUGAGAUUAGGCUUGGUGCAAGCUAUUUCCCCAUCCCAUUUGAUUGAUUGAUUUGAUUUGAUUUGAUUUGAUUUCUAUACCGCCCUUCCAAAAAUGGCUCAGGGCAGUUUACACAGAGAAAUAAUAAAUAAAUAAGUUGGAUCCCUGUCCCCAAAGGGCUCACAAUCUAAAAAAGAAACAUAAGAUAGACCCCAGCAACAGUCACUGGAGGUACUGUGCUGGGGGUGGAUAGGGCCAGUUACUCUCCCCCUGCUAAACAAAGAGAAUCACCACGUUAAAAGGUGCCUCUUUGCUAAGUUUGCAGGGAUAUGAAGAACAAGGAAGCUUUUUACAUUAUUAUGUAUGCUUUAAAUUUUGGUAUAUGACCGCAAAUAAACAUGAUGAUGACAACAUUGAA